CGGCCCCAGGCCGGCUCGGCCGGGGCGCGGACCGGCUUCCCUUCCGGGCCGCGGGUCCGCCCUACGCCGGGCGGAGCCUGGCCCGCCCCCCGCACCGGAGCCCGGGAGCCCCAGGCCCGAGCCACGCGAUCUGCUGGCCGCCCGGGGCUCGGGUCGGGGACGCGCGAUGGCGACUUGGCGGCGGGACGGCCGGCUGACGGGCAGCCAGCGGCUGCUGUGCGCGGGGUUGGCGGGGACGCUCAGCCUCAGCCUCACCGCGCCGCUGGAGCUCGCCACCGUGCUGGCCCAGGUCGGCGUCGUGCGCGGCCGCGCCCGGGGGCCGUGGGGCGCGGGGCUUCGCGUCUGGCGGGCCGAGGGGCCCCGCGCCCUGUGGAAGGGGAACGCGGUGGCCUGCCUGCGCCUCUUCCCCUGCAGCGCCGUUCAACUGGCCGCCUACCGCAAGUUUGUUGUGCUGUUCACGGAUGACCUGGGCCACAUCUCCCAGUGGAGGUCCAUCAUGGCUGGGAGUCUUGCGGGCAUGGUUUCCACCAUCGUGACAUAUCCUACAGACCUCAUCAAAACCCGGUUAAUUGUGCAGAACAUGCUGGAACCAUCUUACAGGGGGAUCCUCCAUGCUUUUUCUACUAUUUAUCAACAGGAAGGGUUCCUGGCCCUUUAUCGAGGGGUUUCCCUUACUAUUUUAGGUGCUCUCCCUUUCUCUGCCGGCUCCCUUCUAGUUUACAUGAACCUGGAGAAAAUCUGGAAUGGACCCCGAGAUCGGUUCUCUCUCCUCCAGAACUUCGCCAAUGUCUGCCUGGCUGCCGCGGUGACCCAGACACUCUCCUUUCCCUUCGACACGGUGAAGAGAAAGAUGCAGCUGCCACUGCCCGUUACAUCAAGGCGGCCUCCACAGCGAGGACAGGGCACCCUUGCCUUCAUAGCCUGUCCAUACUUCAGUGAAACAGAUGGAAAGAACCAAAAUAAGCCAGGAAUUAUUAAUAGCAAGGGGCCAGUAGUCCCUGAUUCCCCUGCUGAGGCAGUAACUGCAUUUGAAAUGGGCCGGUGUCUUAGUGGGAUCGGCCCUGCAUUUUCCUAAUUGUUACCUAGGAAGACUCACAGACCACAGAGACAAAAGCCUGAUAUCUGAGGUCUCAAAGAGAGGAAUUGGCUUAGCCUAGAAUCAGCCGAUUUUGAUCAAAGAAAAAUCAGAGUAGUCCAAGUAAGGUUGGGGGUUACAGGCAGGUCCACACAGGGCAGGGGUGGGAGUCGGUGGACUCAGAAUCAAGCAAGGCUUCGCAUCUGCCCUGAACCCUGCUCACUCUCCACCAGCCUCCCUUCAGACUCCACAUCCACAGGCUUGCCUGCCUCCCUGGCCUCUUCCGGGCAAAUCUUGAUUUAUACAAUCGAUGUAUUCCUGAAGAGCUGCUUGGAUAUUAAUUUGGGGGAGUUGAAUCUAAUUUUAAAUGAUCAGUCCCCACUGAGUUUGUUUUUCCCCAUGUCUCUAACUUGUCCCUCUGCUAUCUCAGUGCCCCCCGCCCCCCACCGGCUUCCCCAUGUGGUUUUCUUUGCCAGGCCAGGCCAGGCCUCACUUACCUCAGCACUAAAAAGCCUGCAAGUACUUAUCUCAACCUAUAAAGAAAAACUGCCUCAGAACAAUACACGUCACAAUUACACCCAAUUCUGCUGCUCCAAUCCAUCAAACUUUUCAUCCCUCUGGGUUGCGUUCCUUUCCUGUCCUUUGUCCAAACACAUUUUUUAAAUUGUCACGUUAUUGUAAGUUUAACGUAGAUGCAAGUUUAAAGCCUGCUUAGUGCAUGCCCAUUUAUAAAAGCCAUUAUUCCUCAUUUUAAGAGUAAUGUACAUACGCUUAAAAAUGGUUAAAAUGGUCAAUUUUAUGAUGUGUGUUUUACCACAAUUAAAAAAUAAGGAGGGCUUCCCUGGUGGCGCAGUGGUUG